AUGCUCCGCAUCGCGCUGCUGGGUGGGGCGGCUCUUCCUAGCUGUCUCUACUUUUCUCGGAUCUGGGUCUUGACGGGACUGACGGGGGGGGGGGUCUGUCAUGGCGUCUCUCCUGUGCAUCCGCCUUUCCGGUGUCGCAGUCACCCCUCUGGCUCGAGGUGGGGCGCGGACACGUUGCGCCCGCUCGCUCGGUUCGAUCUGCCCCGCCGGAGUGUGGGUGUGGGGUUGGGUGGGGGCGGGGAGGGGGCCCAUAUCAUCGAGUCUAUCAGACGCACCGGCUGGGGCUGCGAGCGCCCGACCCCGGGCUCUCUCUCGUUGUCAGUGACCUCCCGCGCUGCCCGGAGUCAGCCACUGAGAGUGCGACGCCAUCCAAGGGACGGGCGGCCGGACGGGACUCUAUCCCGAUACCCACGGGAAGGCGUGUCCGAGCUCUCUCGUCUCGCACACCUCUUCCCGACGGCUCGAGACACGAUCCAGUGUUUCCGAGCAUGGCAGAACCAGCAAUCCCAUCUCCACACUAACUGGCAGGGUGACUGGUUUUUGUGCUGUGUCCACGCCACACAGACCGUCAUGUAA